AUGGAUUUUUCCGAGAGCAGCGCAGAGCGUGGUAGCACGGGCCGACGUGCGGAUUCUCAACGUCCAGUUUCAAGAAGGGGUUUCCGUGAAUACACCAAUAGCGGCUCAGCGCUUUCAAGAAGUGGCACGAUGAGGCCUACAUCUGCCUAUAGAGGAAGCACGGCCUCCCGCGUAUCAACAGCCGGUUUUGGACCAGCCCCACCUACUGCUAGUAGACAAUCUACUGCUGUUACAGGGUUCUCUAUGAUCGACAGGCCAAUAACGCAGCAAGGUAUCUCCGGACUUCGCACAAGCACCGUUCGAGGUUUCCGUACAAGACAACUACAUGAUAAACGUUAUUGGGAAGAACAAAUGCAAAUGAAGGUUCGAGAGAUGAAGGCUGAAAUCGCUAGAUUGACGGAGAAAGCAGACGCUGGCGAGAGGGAAAAGUCUGCGAAGAAGCACUAUGAGAAGAGAGUCAAGGAGUUGGCGCAGGAACUGACUGAUCUUCAAGGACGUUUGGCAGAUUACAACACAGCGAUUCGCAUUGCUAAUGGUGAGGCUACCAAACAAACUGUUGAAGAUCAAACAAAAGAAUUGGAAAUAAACAAUAAGAAGUUGCAAGAGGAAGUGGAACUAGUGUUCUUGGAAAAACAGAGGAAGGAGAAUCAGUUGCGACAACUCAGGGAACAAAUGGAGAAGGAACAAUCGUCAAUUUCCAAACUGUUGUCAGAAAUGACAUCUGAACAAAAGGAACAGUACAGCGAACUCGAAGCAACCGCUUCCGCUUUACGGGAAGAAGCAGAACAGUCCAGAAUGCAAAUUGAUCACUUAAAUAGGGAGAAAGAGGAAUUCGCUAAGGAAAUUUCCGGUUCACAGAUAAAAAUGCAUCUUCUCGAGUUGCAUCGGAAACUUGUAGCCGCAGAAGAGAAGCGAGAUAAUUUAAAAGACGAAAUAACCAACCGCUUGGAUCCACAAGAGGAGAGAGAGAAGUUAUUGUUACAGGUCCGUGAAGACAAUGCAGCUAUUGCAUCUCUGGACAGCAACGCAAAUAAUCUGAAGGGACAAAUUCGUAUGGUUCAGGAGUUGAUCGAGCAAGCUGAACAGGAUCUCGAAGAAGGUCACUCAGAACGCCAUCAAAAAUACAGAGAAUUAAAAAAACGCGAGGAAACUAUGGAUACAUUCAUGUCCACUUAUGAGGAAAAUCUGAAAAAGGAGCAAGAGAAAAUUGAACAAUUGGAAAAAGACAUUGUUUUUGCACUUGAACAUAGUAGUUCCAAUAUCGAUUUGGAUUUAAGUGAAAUAGAUUCGUUGAAGCAGAGGGAGGGGUAUUCAUCCGUUUACGACGACAGCAAGAAAUCAGUUGAAACUUUGACUAAGGAUUACGAAAGAUUUCAAGCUAAUUUGAAAAAGGCUGAAACAACACGCGAACGUCUCGCAACUGAGCUCCAAGCCCUUCCAGAAAAAACAAGUGUUAUGAAGGAAGAACUGAUUACUUUGUCAGACUUGGAAAAAUUGCGUGAUGAAGGUGAAGAACAGAAAAAUAAUUUAGAAAGUGAGUUGAGGCUGCUCAAGGAAAAACUGGUCCCUACGGAAAGUGCUGUUGUAGAAGCAGCUAACAAACUUAAGAGAUUGCAGGAAACCCUUGAUGGCAACGAAAUGUAUGGAAAACUAAACAGCUUGGAAGAGCAACUAGCACAGUUGGAGAACAGAAAAACAAUUCUUGAAGAGGACAUUGCCUCCAUUACACUGAAAGCUGAUUACGAACCGAUAAAAAAGGAAGCUAUGAAGGAACUUGCUGCUUUAAAUAAAAAGAUAAUUGAAGAUCUUAAUAGUAAUAAGUCUUAUUAA